UGCGGCGGAGAGCGCUGUAUCUCUGUUUGGAAGCAUUAGGACUGCAAGAGACCAGAGCAGCAUUCAUGUAGGGGAGGUGGUGGCCGUUUCACACUGAAUGUCUAUCAAUCACCUGCACUAUUGUGGUCCUGCGCAGUUUUCCGGGUGGAAAGAAGAAGCAGGGGGAGGGAUGAGACGCGGGAGAAGAAGAGGGAAAAUGGCGAUGGAGGGGCCUAGGCAUCAACCACCAACCCUCGUCCCAUUGCUGAUGAGCGUAACAGCUGUGUUGAUCUCACACCACAUCUUCAACGCUGCUGCCCAGAUACCAGACCCCGAGUGGUCUCCAGCUCCCCGUAGCAGACGUUAGCAUGAGGCUCCCUCUGCUAGCAAUGCAGGCUACACAAGCUCUUCAGGACAUCACACACCCCACCCCCUUCCCACGGCCUACAGCAGCUGAAGCAAACCUUCUGCCAACAGACCCUCCAAAAAAGCCAGAUCCAGUCACUUCAGAAACAGUGGUGUUUUGGGGUCUUCGAUUAUGGCAGGUUGUAGGCAUUUUCUCCAUGUUCAUCCUAGCAAUUGUAAUAACACUGUGCUGCAUCUUCAAAUGCCGAAUUCCUCGAACAAAAAAAGAGAUAGAGGCUCGGCAUGCACAAAGACAAGCUGCAAAAACCUAUGCCAACACACUGGAGACAGUACCCCCCCUAGACGAGCUCACAGAGGUGCCGGGAGCGGCUAAGCCUGUGGAGAAGGAGGAGGUGCCAACCGUUGCAGGAAAGGUUGAUGCAGAAAAGGGAAAGAAGAAAGAAAAAGAAGGCAAAAAGGAAGGCAAGGGUGCAAAAGAAGGAAAAGAAGGCAAGGGAGAGGAGAAGGAUGAAACCACAAAGAAGAAAGCGGAAAAGGGAGAAAAAGGAGAGAAAGGAGCAUCAAAGAAAGAGGCGUCGGAUGGAGGGAAAGGUAAAAAAGGAGGUGGAGAGAAAGGAGAAGAAAAAGGAGGUGGAGCUAAGGGUGGUGCCAAAAAGCCUGCAAAAAAGUAAGCAUUUAGUCAUCUUAACGAUGUGUGCUAAACUUUCACUAGCCAUUUUUUUUUAAAUUUGUAAGAAAAUUUAUAAAUGUACAUUUACAGCAUAUUUAUUUUAUUGUAAAUUGUAAAUAUCGACAAUAAAUGAUUCUCUGUUAAUUACACAUUUUCAUUUAUUUUUCACAUGAUACACAUCAGCACUAAAUAAUACAACACUGGUGUACAAGAAAAGUUACUGUAGGUUGCAUUUAUGUAAAAGAACAUUUAAACAACAACAACAACAAGAUAUUUCAAACAUUUGGGUCCACUGGAGAAA